AUGGCAAAAAUAAACUUUGCAGGAACAACUGUUUGCGUCACCGGCGGCAGCAAGGGUCUUGGGCUGGAAAUCACAAAGGAGCUCAUUAAAAGAGGGUCUUAUGUUCAUGUGUUUGGGAGGUCACCACGGCCAUUUGUCCACGAGAACAUGGAGUAUCACCAGGUGGAUCUUCUGAAUGAAAGGCCCAAUAUCACAAUCCCAUUCGAUGUUGUAAUAUCAAACCUGGGGACAAGUGUUGGAAAUAAGAAGUUCGACGACAUGGAGUAUGCUGAGGUGAUGGACAUGCUGAGGCUAAAUGUGGAGCUGCAUCUAUGGCUUCUGAAGAACACUAGGUACAAGAAGUUUGUUUUUGUCAACUCUGUGCUGUCCCAGCAAGGGCUUCCAGGAUAUUCCAUGUAUUGUGCCUCCAAGUCAUUCAUCCAUACUCUGAACCAGUCGCUGAGGAGAGAGGGGAAGGACACCAUGAUAAUCUAUCCCUACAAGAUAAACACCUCACUGUUCAGCGAGGUCAAGGAUUUUUGGACGCUCGAUGCAAACUAUGUUGCUGUAAGGCUUCUUAGGGACAUCGAGAAUGGCGCCAGAGAGGACUUCGUACCCUGGAUAUUCAAGCCAAUCAGCAUUGUGUCAAGGGGAAUUCCCAUGUUUCUUCAGGAUGCCCUCACCAGGCUGACAAGGAGGGUAUUCUACAGCUCUGAGAAAAAAAAUGAAUAG